AUGUCAAGUGCCAUCCACGGCUCUAUCGACGCAGGCGGCGGCCCACGGCUGCUGCAGCCACUACCGCUGGUACCCCGAGGCCGACGCGACCCACUCGGCUCUUUGAUAGGCGGUCCGGUGAAGGAAGCGAGCAUACCAGUACUCGGAAAUAUUUAUCAAUCCCGCGGUCUCACCAGUCCCGUUCAGCUCUGCCGGCAACACUUGCAAGCACUAGAGUACCUCAACGAAGUUCAGAAGCCGCGGUCACCGACUCCGUUAGUUCGUCGAAAAAAAGUCAGCUGUCAUUGUCGAUGUCACGUGACCGCCCCAGCGGCCCGGCCGGCAUCGCCCCGAUUUCCCACGAAAUCUCACUCAAAGAGGCCCGAGAAGGCGCGCUCCUACGACCCAUUCUUGCCAUCCUCCAAAAGUCAUUCUCAUCAUUUAUCAAGACAACAGCACCAACGUCACCAUCAUCAGAAACAACAACAGCGCUAUCAGCAUCAACAUCUUCGAACGCACUGUUCAGUCAGUCCAUCAGGGGAGUGCUUAAAGGACUGCCGUCGUCAUUCUUUCAUACGGGACCUAGAGCAACGCGAGACAACGCCCGAGGCUUGCGCCAUCUGCUCUAAACGACGCUGCCAACUCUGCGAUCCGAUGGACAGCCUUGGGAUAGGGAAUUAUGCCGAUGAGCAGGGUUCUCCUAUCUCCUUAUCUAGAAUCGCUAGUGACUCCUCGCUGACUUCCAUUCCUGCAGCCCUGAAGGACGUGAUGGUCUCCUCCUAUGAGUACGAAUUUCCCUCCCAGCAGUUUGGACGUGCGCUGAACAGGGCUGCCUCCUCUUUCGACAGCCUAAUCACCGGACCACAAAGAGGUGUGCUCGAAAGGAGCGGAAAGCUGAAGGGGAGAUCGGGAAAACCACCACUUCUGGCCAAGUACUGUGCCUCUUCAACUUCGGAGAUGCAUGCGGCCGUAAAGCGCGCGUCCAAGACCGGACGGCGACCCUGUAAUCUCGUUUUAUGCCCACACCAACAUGAAGAUCCUCGAGGGGAGACUCUUAAGGACCACAUCACUACAAGGACCAUCUGCACUCGGAAGGCGACUGCCAAGUGUAAAUCUAAAUUGAUCUCGCGUACGGCUCACAGGGACUGUGCCUGUCGAGGCAGUAACGACGGGUCUGGCUCUUCCGAGUCCCCACCAAGUUUGGAUCUGCAGGAGGAUGAUUCUGUCGUCGCCAAUAUCGACAGACCAAAGACAUUCUCUGCCUUUGCCGCCCAGCGCGAUGGUAGAUACCUUCACCAGCAGACCCAACUACAGCGUCCAGUACUAACGGCCUUGCCCUACUCUAGGCGGACCAUUGAUUAUUAUGAACCCUCCCCGGAGAAAAAGCAGCAACAGCAUUCGGUGGCCGCCGCCGCUUCGCAGCCACUGUCGUCGCCGUCGCACCACGUGGAG